UAACAUCGAAGUCGAAACUUCGCGAAUACAGUUUCCUGAUUCAUUGGUUUUUCCCUCUUCUAUUUCGUUGAAAUUUCGAACAGUUUCUAUCAAAAGUUCUUUGGUUUAGAUAAAGAUCUUAAUCGAUUCCAAAAAAAUAUUGAAUUCAAACACCGAAGAAGAUUGACGCGCGAACAUUAAGAUUUUUUACUAAAUUUUUUACUAAAAUGGACUCACGACAGUUGUUUCCGAUCACAUUAAUUUUAUUAGUAUUGGCAACGUGCAUUCAUGGUCUGAUGCGACAAAUAAAAAUCGGAGCAAUCUUUCACAAAGGCGAAGAAGAUCUUCAAUCUGUAUUCUUAAGAGCAAUCUCUGACACAAAAAAUGAAAAUUUUGCACCCGCAUUCGAACUUAUUCCCAUCACUGAGUACAUCGAUGCUAAUACUGAUAGUUUUAAUACUGGUGUAGCUGCUUGCAAACUUCUUGAGAAAGGAGUAGCAGCUAUUUUUGGACCUACAAGCAGGUAUACUCGUGGUAUAGUUGCAAGUAUUGCAGCUCGAUUUGAUAUACCGCACAUCGAAUAUGUUUGGCGGGAAACCGAAGAAUUAAUAAAGAAAAAUAAAAAAAACAAGAUUCUAUCGCCAAUGACCAUAAAUAUAUUCCCUGCCAAUGAGAAAGUCAGCCAGGCAAUCGCUGAUGUUAUCGAAUCAAUGAAAUGGCGAAAUUUCGCAGCGAUUUACGAAACUGACGAGGGACUAUCGCGCCUUCAGAAGACUUUGACUCUAAAAGGAGACAAAGAAAAUCCAAUUUUACACACAGUACGACAAUUGAACAAAGGGUCAAAUUAUCAUACGAUGCUUAAAGAGAUACGUUUUUUGUCGUGCAAUGUAAUUAUUGAUGUCAAGCCGGAAAAUAUCAUACGUGUGCUCAACCAAGCAAAGGAAGUCAGAUUAUUAGCAGAUUAUUGCCAUUUUGUGUUAACAUAUAUGGAUUCAUCCAAGCUACCUAUUGAGAAGCAAAAUGGUACCGUCAAUAUCACUGGACUGAGCAUAAGAGAGAAUGAUGUAGAGGGAAUUGAUUCGUUGGAUUCAGCAGUUCUCUAUGACGCAGUAUUUUUAUUAUAUAAAGCAUUAGAGACUUUAAAUGCAAGAAAUGAUAAUGAAGAAUAUAUUGAUCCUAUACCACUUUUUUGUAAUAAUACUACAAAGUACCAAGUAGGACCUAAUAUUACCAGCAUUAUGCGAGAGUUAUCGAAAAAGGGAAAGAUAACGGGCACUAUAAAUAUUGACGAGUACGGUCGUCGACAAGAUUUUAACAUAAAAAUUUUAAAUUUUCACCCAUCGGCUAUAAUACAAAUGGGUUUCUGGGAACCGUCGAGUGGUGUAAAUAUGAUCAUACGGACUGAAAAGGAGCAAGAACACUAUCUAUACAAAUCCAUAGAAGAAAAGAUAUUCAGGGUUACUGUAUUGAAAAGUGAACCUUACAUUAUGGAAGUAACCGAUAGUUCAACGCGAGGAGUACUAAUUGGUCAAAAACGCUAUGAAGGUUAUUGCAUCGAUCUGAUUAAUGAAAUCGCAAAAGUUCUACAUUUCAAAGGAGUAGAGUUCGAAAUCGUAACUGAUAAGCAGGGCAAAUAUGAACCAGAAACAAAGUCUUGGAAUGGUCUAAUCAGACGCAUUAUAGAUAAGGAUGCCGAUCUUGCGAUAUGCGAUUUAACCAUAACACAUCAAAGGAAGACUGUUGUAGAUUUUAGUCAUCCAUUCAUGAAUCUCGGUAUAAGCAUUAUAUUCAGCAAACCAGAAGAGAAGGCACCUGAUGUUUUUUCUUUUUUAUUACCUCUAAGCAAGGAAGUAUGGUUCUACAUGGCUACUGCUUUUCUCGGUGUAUCAAUAAUAAUAUUUUUUCAAGCAAGAAUGGCACCAGAUGAGUGGGACAAUCCGCAUCCAUGCAAUACCGAUCCUGAAGAACUCGAAAACAACUUCAAUUUAAAAAAUUCCUUUUGGUUGACUAUUGGUUCUCUUAUGCAGCAAGGUUCAGAUAUUUUACCCAAAGCACCGUCUCUACGCAUGCUUGCAAGCAUGUGGUGGUUUUUCACUUUGAUUAUGAUCAGUUCAUAUACAGCGAAUCUAGCUGCCUUUCUCACAAUGGACAAGAUGGAUACGCCUAUUAAAAAUGUUGAAGAUUUAGCUAAGCAGACAAAAAUUAAAUAUGGCGCACAAGAGGGUGGAUCCACGUCAACCUUUUUUGAAAAAUCAAAUUAUUCAACGUAUAAACGAAUGUGGAGUGCAAUGGCAGAAGCUAGGCCAACUGUAUUCACAAAAAAUAAUAAAGAGGGUAUCGAACGAGUUAUCAAGACUAAAGGACAAUAUGCCUUUUUCAUGGAAUCCAGUAGUAUUGAAUAUCAAUUAGAGCGGAAGUGCGAAUUAAUUAAAGUCGGGGGCUUAAUUGAUAACAAAGGCUAUGGCAUAGCUAUGCCGCGCAAUUCUGCAUAUAGAAUAGCGAUUAAUACUGCGAUCCUAAAGCUAGGAGAGUCAGGUAAACUGGGAAAAUUAAAAGAUAAAUGGUGGAAAGAAAAAGGAGGAAAUUUAUGCACAAAGGAUGAAGAAGAGAGUGAAAACACAGCCGAAUUAGGAUUGGCAAACGUCGGAGGUGUAUUCAUUGUUUUAAUGUAUGGAUUAUGCGGUUCAUUCUUUAUCGCAAUUUGCGAAUUUUUGUGGAAUAUACGUAAAGUUGCUGUGACAGAAAAGAUUACGCCGUGGGAAGCACUAGUUGCCGAAUUAAAAUUCGCUGUGAACAUUUUUGAAGUAACAAAACCUGUUAAAAUUUCCAAGAGCAACAACAACAGUACAAGCUCCAUGGGUGGACUUGGCAGAGCUGCAUCCACGGCUCGAUCUAUAGUUGGCUCUUUCUUACGUCUUGAUAUGGUUGAUAAAUUCGAUAAAGAUCUCAGCACAAGUAAUCGCACUAACGAUCGUAAAAUUAAUUGAGCAUUGCUAAAAGCACUGAAGUAAACAACGAAUUGUUUUAAAUAAUACACGAUUUAAAAUUAUAUAAAAUCAUCUACAUUGAAACUAUGUAUCUAAUCGGUAAUAAAUACCUACAGAUUAAA